AUGUCACUCUUUUCACUUCCGAAUGUCUUACGACGUAGUGUUCCAUCCGACGGUAGUGAACAUUCCAUGGCUGUACGUCCAUCUGUCAUCAGUACAGAUCAUUUAAAUGCACAAUUAGUAAAAGAAGCUCAAGCUAUUGAACAGCAUUUAUUCUUUGGUCCACAACAGUCUGUAUUUGAAGGUGAAAGACAGCGUGUAAUUCAUGGUGAACGCAAGAUACAAAAGAAUACGAAACGAUAUUGGCUCAUGUCGGAACCACUUUGUAUGGAACGAGAUAGUACAACAUCUCUCAUUGGUUUUCCAACGGAACCACAAACACGUGGAAAUGGUCUGGGGAGUAAAAUGUCUGCAGCAACACGUUUUAUUGGACAAAAAGUAGCACAAAUGAAAUUUCCACCAUCUCAUAUUAAUGAAGAUUCCUUCUGUGAUGGCUGUGGCGUGGAUCCAAUUAUUGGCAAUAUGUAUUCCUGUUCCAAGUGUGUGAAUUAUCAUUUGUGUGAAGGGUGUUAUCAAUUGGGAAUGCACGGGUUUGAAGAAUCCAAGUUAUUACUGGAUGUGCGGGAAGACUUUGCGCUGCGUAAAGUAAUGUAUGUUUCCAAGAAUAAAGUACCAGAAGAAGUCUUUACAGUCUUACUCAAGACAGUAUGUCGUGGUCAAGUGGACAAGUUUAAUUUCUUGGCAAAGUGGAUUACGGCUGUUGUACUUGGUCAACCUGUAAACACAUUUGAAGUGCGUGGCAUUGAGAUCCCACAUCUUGACAUAGAGACACGCGGGACACUUGUACAAUUACUUACACCGGUUCUAGCGGAUCGUACGGAUUUGGAGGUGUGCAUGGAGUGGUUCUGUCCCGAUGCUGAUAAUAUGGAUUUGCCUGGUGUGCAGCGUCGCAUGGAGACGAUUCGUAUAUGGGUCGCUACUGACAAGGACCAGAAGUCACCUUUUGUUACAAAGGAAAAUCUAAAGGAUGAAGACACGGAGUCGGAUAUGUCUAGUGGGGAUGUUAUUGGCUCACCUGGCCCGGCCAGUCCGGUGUCGGAAUCGCCGUGCAUGACGCCGCCUCCGUCGCCUUUUGGAGUUCGUCGUAAAUCUACUGGAACGACGUCAAUGACAUCGGACUCUUCGUCACAGGACUCUCCUCCGCGUCUUGAUACACUGACACUUGCCGACAAGACUAGUGAAUACAGUUAUGACGAUGACGAAGAUUACAUGUCAGACUCGAUGAAGAGCGAUAUUGAGCCGCGGAAAGUGGACAGUUUGUGUCCCUCUUCUGGUCAUCGAUCGGAGGGUAUUCAGAUGUAA